CUGAGCCACUGGAUAGGAUGGGGAAGCGGCUGGUCAGGCCACCCCUGUGUUCCCGGAGGCCUCCAGAGCCUCUGCCAUAGCUGCAAAGGAUGCUGCUAGCCUCAGCCCUGAGAAGAAGCCGCUUCCUCAGAGGUGAUAAGUGUUGUGAAUGCAGCGCCUCACUCUCACACCAGUACUAUGAGAAGGAUGGGCAGCUCUUCUGCAAGAAGGACUACUGGGCCCGCUAUGGGGAGUCCUGCCACGGGUGCUCGGAGCACAUCACCAAGGGGCUGGUCAUGGUGGCUGGGGAGCUGAAGUACCAUCCCGAGUGUUUCAUCUGCCUCACAUGUGGGACCUUCAUUGGUGACGGGGACACCUACACACUGGUGGAGCACUCCAAGCUAUACUGUGGACACUGCUACUACCAAACCGUGGUGACCCCUGUCAUCGAGCAGAUCCUGCCUGAUUCCCCUGGCUCCCACCUGCCCCACACAGUCACUCUCGUGUCCAUCCCAGCCUCGGCUCAUGGCAAACGAGGUCUCUCUGUCUCCAUCGAUCCCGCUCAUGGCCCGUCGGGCUGCGGCACAGAGCACUCUCACACUGUCCGCGUCCAGGGAGUGGACCCAGGCUGUAUGAGCCCAGAUGUGAAGAAUUCCAUCCACGUUGGAGACCGGAUCCUAGAAAUCAAUGGCACACCUAUCCGGAAUGUGCCCCUGGAUGAGAUUGACCUGCUGAUCCAGGAAACCAGCCGCCUGCUCCAGCUAACCCUUGAGCAUGACCCUCAUGACACACUGGGCCAUGGGCCGGGGCCUGAGCCCAGUCCUCUGGGCUCCCCAGCUCACACACCCAGUGGGGAGGCAGGCAGCUCUGCCCGGCAGAAACCUGUCUUGAGGAGCUGCAGCAUUGACAGGUCUCCAGGUGCCGGUUCACUAGGCUCUCCAGCCUCCCAGCGCAAGGACCUGGGCCGCUCUGAAUCCCUCCGAGUGGUCUGCCGGCCACACCGCAUCUUCCGGCCGUCGGACCUCAUCCACGGGGAGGUGCUGGGCAAGGGCUGCUUCGGCCAGGCCAUCAAGGUGACACACCGUGAGACAGGCGAGGUGAUGGUGAUGAAGGAGCUGAUCCGGUUUGAUGAGGAGACCCAGAGGACAUUCCUCAAGGAGGUGAAGGUCAUGCGAUGCCUGGAGCACCCCAAUGUUCUCAAGUUCAUCGGGGUGCUCUACAAGGACAAGAGGCUCAACUUCAUCACCGAGUACAUCAAGGGGGGCACCCUCCGGGGCAUCAUCAAGAGCAUGGACAGCCAGUACCCAUGGAGCCAGAGGGUGAGCUUUGCCAAGGACAUCGCUUCGGGGAUGGCCUACCUCCACUCCAUGAACAUCAUCCACCGAGACCUCAACUCACACAACUGCCUGGUCCGCGAGAACAAGAACGUGGUGGUGGCCGAUUUCGGGCUGGCACGGCUCAUGGUGGAUGAGAAGACUCAGCCCGAGGACCUGCGAAGUCUCAAGAAGCCAGACCGCAAAAAGCGUUACACCGUGGUGGGCAACCCCUACUGGAUGGCACCCGAGAUGAUCAACGGCCGCAGCUAUGACGAGAAGGUUGACGUGUUCUCCUUUGGAAUCGUCCUGUGUGAGAUCAUCGGACGGGUGAACGCAGACCCCGACUACCUGCCCCGCACCAUGGACUUCGGCCUCAACGUCCGAGGCUUUCUAGACCGCUACUGCCCCCCAAACUGCCCCCCGAGCUUCUUCCCCAUUACCGUGCGCUGCUGUGAUCUGGACCCUGAGAAGAGGCCCUCCUUUGUGAAGCUGGAACAGUGGCUGGAGACCCUCCGCAUGCAUGUGGCUGGCCACCUGCCACUGAGCCCCCAACUGGAACAGCUGGACAGGGGCUUCUGGGAGACCUACAGGCGUGGUGAAAGUGGACUGCCUGCGCACCCCGAGGUCCCUGAUUGAGCCCAGCCCACCCAGCUGCCCCUGGCCCCACUUCCAACAGAGAAUCUACCCUCACCAGAUUCCUCUGCAGGAGGUGGACGGGUAUGAAGCCCCAGCCAGGGCAGUGGGUGCCCAGACCCCUCCCCAGAGCCAGGCCCCAACUUGCCUUCUUCCAGCCUGCAGACCACACCCCACCCUCCCUGCCCUGGCCCUGGCCCCAGAGCUGCACACACUCACCGUCACUUGCCCUGCCUUACCUCUGUCUUGGUGGGGCUGCCCCUCUCGCUUCUCCUUGCAUGAGCCGGAGGGCCCGUGUGGGUUGCACCCCAUUCCACAUGCCGUUCUGCAUAUGCCAUGCCUGGCUGCAGCUCCUUCGAGGCUGGGCUGGAAGCAGACCUCCACCCUGGCAUAGCCGGGUGCAUGGGCAGGCAUGUGUCAAGGGAGAGGCCAAGUUCCCAGGAGUCUGCGUUCCCAGGAGCCACGUGGGGGUGUGGGGCUCGUUACCCCCAGGGGGUGUCUAGGUAGCAGCAGGUAUCGAUGAUUAUCCAAACCCCCAAAGCAGAGGGAGGCCUGACCCUGUGGGCACCAGCCUCAUGGCCAGGUGGCAGCCCUCUCUCUUGCCUUGGGUCUUUUUGUUUCUUUAUCAAAGCCACUUUAGUGAGAAGCAGGUACCAGGCCUCAGGGUGAAGAGGGGUCCCUUGAGGGAGAGGGGAGCCAUGGUGCCUGGGCCAGAGCUGAUGGGGAGGAGCCGGCCCAGGCUGAGGGAGGCUGGCAGUGCGGGGAGGCGAGUGUCCACCAGCAGCCUGGCCUCCCGAGGUCAUCUCAGUGCCCCAUCCCGGGCCUCUCCCAAGGCCCCCUGCCCCUCCUCAUGCCCCUCUGUCCUCUGGGUUCUUUCUGUGUAAUCUAUUUUUUACGAAGAGUUUGUAUUAUUUUUUCAUACGGCUGCAGCAGCAGCUGCUAGGGGCUUGGGGUUUUACUUUUGUGGCGGGCGGGGGUGGGAGGGCCAUUUUGUCACUUUGCCUCAGUUGAGCAUCUAGGAAGUAUUAAAACUGUGAAGCUUUCUCAGUGCACUUUGAACCUGGAAAACAAUCGGAACAGGCCCAUGGGACCACGACGUAGGGAGGCGGCGCGCACGCCUCCAUCCAGGAACCGUCAUGUCUAAGGAACCAAACCCAGACGCAGAACAAUAAAAUAAACUCCGUACUCCCCACCCAGGUCCCGUGUUGUGCUAUGU